AUGGCGAUGGCCGGACCGUCCACCACCCUCCCUCCGCCGCCGCCGGAGAAGGCGGUCGAUGUCCUUCCAGUGGAUAGCCUCCGCAACAUUCUCCGUCGCCUCUCCCUCGCCGACCUUCUCCGUGCCGCCCUCGCCUGCCAUCGCUGGCGCCGCGUCGCCGCACGCUGCCUCCCCCGCACCGCCCCUCUCCUCGGCCACUUCUACCACCCCACCGCCACCGGUUUGCCGCCGCCCCUGCACUCGGCAUCCAAGGAGAUCGUCAUCGAAGCCCCCGCCGUCUUCGCUCCCCUCGACGCCUCCGCCCCGAACCUCUCCCUCGACUUCGCUCCGGAGGCCUCCCGCUUCGUGCUCCACGACUGCCACCAAGGCCUCCUGCUUCUCGAACCGCUCGCGUCGCUCCCCAAGGGGAUCCUCCCGCGCCUCCUCGUCAUCGACCCGGCCACCCGCCGCCGCGUGCUCCUCCCGCCGCCACCGCGCGACACGGUGCCCGACGACCACCGCUGGCGCAGCUGCAGGCACUACGUCGGCUCCGGGCUUCUCUCCCGCGCGCACCCGAGCAAGCUCUGCUUCGAGGUCGUCUGCAUCUCCAUCGACGGCGGGCACCCCCGCGCCUGGGUCGCGUCCGUCGACGACGACCAGUGCCGCUGGCGCGCGCUCCCGCGGACCACGGACGUGGAGGUCAGUUUCGACCCCUGGUGGUUCGAGUCGCGCUGCGUGCACGCCGCCGGGAAGCUCUACUGGCACAUCUGCAACUCCGGCCGCGUGCUCUCGCUGGACCCUUCCACACUGCACUUCUCUUACCUGCUGGCGCCGAAGGAGAUGCCCAGGUUCGGCAAGUUCCGCAUCGGGGAGACGCCGGACGACGGGUGGAUGUGCAUCGCAACCGUGGAGGACCAGCUGCUGCGGGUGUGGGUGCGUGGGGAGACCAGGUGUAGCGACGAUGGGUGGUAUCUGGAGAGGGAGAUGAAUCUUACCAAGGUGUACGACUCGGUGCCGGGCCUGCCCAAGGACAAGUGCCUCAGGAUCUUCAGUGUUUGGCUCAGCGACAUGGACGCGGGGUACCGGCAAGCUGUUCAUCAGAACGAUGGGGUAUGGGCGCUACUCCUUACAUCUGGACACCGCCAAGAUCGAGCGCUUGCACACCAAACAUGGCAAGGAGUAUGGGCACCCGAUGUGCGCCUACUUCCUCGCGUGGCCGCCUGCCUUCCUCGCUCCAGAGAACUGACUUUCUGGUGA